AUGAAGGGAUCGAUUACUUGUUCUCAGAUGCCAAGUUCUUGCUUGACAAGACAUAAAUCUCCGCUGAGGAGCAAGAUAAAAUAUCUAAAGAUUCGAAACUACGUCUACCUAAAUACCCACACAGGUUCUUUCAAUUCGACUUCCUUAUAUUUACUAGCCUUCGAUCGAUCCAGUUCCAAAUUGUCCGUUUGUCUUACUGUUCCUGCGUAUGGACCUCAUCAAUACCUUUAUUAUGAUCGUACUCGUCAACGGGUUUAUGCAACGACUUGGGCGCUUCCCGCUCAACUAUCUUCUUGGUCUAUCGAUUUGAAGUCACUGAAACUUGAAUUAGUUAACACGGUGCCUAUCACUUCUACUUCAUCUUAUAUCACCAUGAAUGAUCAAACUCUUUAUUCCGUAGGAGGACCUACUGGUGAACUACAUCGUUUGGACAAAGACAGUGGUUUGAUUGAAGAAAAGAUUCAAGAAAUAUUAUUUGUUCCACCAUCGGAUUUAAUCAAUGAAGAUAGAACUCGUAAAGCUCUCAGGUAUGGAAGCCAUGCUAUUGAGAUUAAUAGAAUAACAAAUCAAGCCUUUGUGGCACAUUUAGGUCAUAACUCAAUCUUUAUGUAUGAAGUAGACCCAGAUACGAAAACUCUUAGACUGAUAACCGAGACUAAGAGUCCAAGACCUCAUGAUGGUCCAAGACAUUGUGUGAUCAGUGAAGAUGGUAGAUGGCUGUAUGUAGUCACAGAACAUACACAAUUCAUAGAUUUAUAUAAGAUUGAACCUGAUUCAUUGGUCUAUCAAACUUCAACUUCGAUCAUUCCUUCAGACCAAUCACUUGAUAUAUCAUUUGAUCCAGAUGAUUAUCGUGGAGAUACGAUUCGGAUUCUACCAACCCUACUCAAACAAACUUUAUUUGCAAGCACGACAGACAAAGAGACAUGGAUGAGCAAAAACUACAUCUUCGCUACCACUCGAGGUAAAGAUCCUCAACAUCCAGGGGUUCUUGCCGUUCUAGAACAAGAUUCAAAUUAUUUGAAACUCCUUAGCUUGUGGCCUACACCGACUAGUGGUGGGAAAGCAAAUGCGAUCGAGUUUAGGAUUCAUGGUGAUGAAAAUGACUCGAGGAUCUUGAUUGUCCUUACGGAUGAUGAAGUAGGUUGGGUGAUGGUUCUUGAAUGGAAUCCGUUCUUUGAAGCUCCUAUUAAAUUAAUUUCGAAGACUUUGAUCGAUGAGCCUGGUAUAGGUGCUAGUCAUGCUGUCUGGCUCUGA